UUAAAAGCGCGGAGUUUGUGUCACAGUGUAAAACUUCAUGCUUGAUCAAACGGACUCAGUCACGGGAUUGUGGAGAUGUUUGUGACGUCCAGCAGGGGGCGGCGGAGCGCCACACUCCAGGUGGAACCUUUCUGUGUUUGUUCGUGUUUCCGGAAGGACCUGCCUCGGACUGAAGAGCGGUCGCUUCAUACGUUUGUAUCCGACCCGUCUGUGAAGUGAAGUGGUUGUUAAAUAAUCCCUCAGCAAGAAACUGAUGAACAAGUGCAAACAGUUUUGUUUAGAAUUGUAUUGAAUAAUUUAGCGACAGUGUGUUGAUAAUAUCAGAAGACGACGGUAUUGUUUUGUUUGAGUCAAGUUCCUUCCGGGGAAAGGCGCACGGGACGAGGGUGUGGCUUCAACUGAAGGACUGCUGUGAUUGGAUCACAUCUCUCAGAUUUUGUCGUUUAAAGCCCCAUAGCUGGACCACAAAAAAUAAAGUCAAUGCUGGCUCGGAGUUGCGUCUGGGGAGCGAUGCGGCUCCGCUGGCUCACCUGGGAUGUGACGGACACGCUGAUCCGGGUGCGGCGCUCCGUCGGGGAGCAGUACUGCAGCGAGGCGCGGAGCCUGGGGCUGCAGCUGGAACCCGAGUCCGUGGAGAGAGCCUUCAGACUGGCCUACCAGAGCCAGCACCGGCGCUUCCCCAACUACGGGCUGAGCCAGGGGCUGUCCUCCCAGGAGUGGUGGCAGGACGUGGUGCGGGAGACCUUCUCCCUGUGCGGGGUGCGGGGCGUGCCGGCGCUGCAGCCCCUGGCGGAGAGGCUGUACCGGGGCUUCAGCGGCUCAAACAACUGGGAGGUGUUCCCGGACGCGGAGCGGGCGCUGGAGCAGUGCGGGCUGCUGGGGCUCCGCAUGGGGGUCGUGUCCAACUUCGACCAGCGGCUGGAGCAGGUGCUGGAGAGCUGCGGCUUGAGGAGGCACUUCGACUUCGUGGUGACGUCUGAGAGCGCCGGCGCAGCCAAGCCGGACGGCAGGAUCUUCCGGGAGGCGCUCAGGCUGAGCGGGCUGGCCGAGCCGGGCCUGGCCGCCCACGUCGGGGAUGAUUACUGGAACGACUACAGGGCCGCCCGCCAGCAGGGCAUGCAGAGCUACCUGCUGCAGAGGAGAGGGGCGGAGUGGGGGGUGCCUCCCGAGCAUAGGCUCUCCUCGCUGGAGGAGCUGCCCGCCCUCCUCUCAUAGAGACCGGGGAGAGGGGUCGAGGCUCAGCCUGGAGGCAGAAAAUACAUCCGUGUAGCAGUUUACUGUUUGUGAGAGUUUGAAAAUAAAUAAAAGUUUCUGACACAA